AAGAAAUGCACUUUAGAACGUAUACUGUGAAUCCACUGUAAAUUGCUUUAGAGAAAAUUGUCAGCCAAAUGCAAUAAUGUACAUCUGUUAUUAUAAAGAUGCAGGAACCCCCUCUGUGUUCAGGUCAUUGUUGUACCUUGUACCUGAGAGCUUGUUUAAAGUCAAGUUUUCUUUUUUGAAUCAUGAUUUCUUUUUUGCUCUAUAAAUCCUUUUGAGCAGUGUCAAAUAACUAAUGCCAGAUAUUGAACAGUAGCAGUUUUCUGCUCUGUGAUUUACCUCCUGUGUCCUUUCAGGAUAACAGAGAAGUCAUCACCACAUGGUCAGAUGGUCAAGAAAUAAAACUCUUGUAGAGAGUCUGCUUGGUGUGUUUUACCUUGUUCUUGAGUUUACUUUUGUGUAGAUGAGCAUAAAUGUGCGUUUCAGGGUCAGAUAUGAUUAAGCCAUCAUGCUGCAGUCUUCCUCUGACAUCUAUGAUUGAGUGAAUGAAAGCAUCCCAGCUGGGGAUCAAAGACAGCAGCCGGUCAGAUGCGAGCGAAUAUUGGAUGAAGAUAUAAUGCCACAUCUGCUCAACAGCCUCAGAAGUCUCUGUUUUAUUUUUGCAGCAAGCCAUCGAGGACUUGCAGUGUGAGGAAGACAAGGUGAACCUCCUGACCAAAGAGAAAGCCAAGCUGAAGCUGCAGGCCGAAGAUUUGGAGUAUCUACUGGAGCAGGAGAGGAAGCAGGGGACGGAUUUGGAGAAGAGCAGAAGGAAGUUGGAAGGUGACAGUAAGAAUACAAUGGACAAUCUGACUGAAAUGGGCCGUAUGAGAGCCAAUAUGGAGGAGAUCAUCAAGAAGAAAGAUGUGGAGAUAAGCACCACCAGCAGCAAGCUGGAAGCUGAGGAAAUGCUGAACGCAGGGCUGGAGAGGAAAAAUAAAGAGCUCCAGGUCCGCAUUGAGGAGCUGGAAGAAGAACUGGAGACAGAAAGAGCCUUACGAGCCAAGCCCAACAUCUUAACACAAAUGUUUAGAUCUUUUUUCAAAGGAUUGUCAGAUAAGCGAGACCUGGCACAUAAACUGUCACACAUCAGCUUAUCUGGGAGUUUUUGACUGAUGAGGUGUUUGUGACAUUGUUACCUGGGAGGUACCUGGGAGCAAUUAGAGACAUCAACCUUUAAAUUCUCUACAUACUACUAAGAGACUUGUUUGAAGAUACUGUUUGUCCAUUU